AUGCCAGAAACCUGCUCAGCGCCGUCUGGGCAGAAGCCCUUCUCGUUCGGCCUCGAUCCGUGGACCCUCGCCUAUGUUGUUGUACCGAUCAUCGCCAUCACCCCGCUUGCGACCUACAUCAUGAUUCCUAUGCUGAUGCGAGGCAUCGGCUCGCUUUUGGGCUGGUAUUUGCGCAAGAAGACGGAGGGGAGACGGGCCCAGCUUCUCGAGCUUAUGACUGCCGAGCAGCAGGCUUUCUCCCAAGCUCGAUCGGUAUCCAAUAAGACCAAUGUGCAGGCACAAUCAUCUGGAACCUCUGCUGGAGGAGAAAAGGACGCCAACUGGACCGGGAUUGUCGGCUUUUUCCAUCCUUUUUGCAACGCUGGAGGCGGCGGAGAGCGAGUCCUCUGGGCCGCGAUCAAGACCACCCAGGAAAGAUACCCGAACGCCCUCUGCGUCGUCUAUACUGGCGACCACGAAAUGAAUAAGCAGUCCAUGCUCGCGCGUGUCAAGACUCGGUUCAACAUCGACCUCCACUCCCCGACCAUCAACUUCUGCUACCUGAGCACGAGACACCUCGUCCUGGCCUCGACGUGGCCUCACUUUACGCUCCUUGGCCAGUCAUUGGGCUCAAUGAUCCUGGCGUGGGACGCCUUUCAGCUGUUGGUCCCCGAUAUCUUCAUUGACACCAUGGGCUACGCUUUCGCUCUGGGAUUGUGCAAGCUCCUCUUCCACAAAGUACCCACCUGCGCAUACGUGCACUACCCGACUAUUUCGACCGAUAUGCUGGAAUCACUCGACCCCAAAUCUACAACCGGAACGCAAGGUGUCAACGCCGGCAAAGGCGUUGGCCUGCGGGGCACGGUCAAAAAGACCUACUGGCGACUGUUUGCAGCGCUGUAUUCCCGCGUUGGAUCCACUGUUGACAUUGUGAUGACGAAUUCGACUUGGACGCAGGGCCAUGUCCAGAAGCUCUGGGGUCCGCAUCGCCAGGCCAGACAUCGCACCAACCCGAUUGAGGUCAACUACCCCCCUUGCGCCGUUGAGGAGCUCGAGGAAGCUGUGGAGGUAUCCGAAGCCAGUGAGAAAAAGCGGGAGAAGGCCAUGGUCUACAUUGCUCAGUUCCGCCCUGAGAAGAACCAUCAACUCAUCAUUCAGUCCUUUGCCGAGUUUCUCAAGACUAACACAGAAGCCGCCAGGGACGCGAAGCUGGUCCUGAUCGGUAGUGUUAGGGAUGACCAUGAUUCCAAGAGGGUGUAUACGCUGCGCCUCCUUGUCAAUGAGCUCAAUAUUAAGGACAGAGUUGAGUUUCACUUGGAUGCGUCCUGGCCUGAGAUCUUGGACUGGCUGCGCAGGGCGUCUGUGGGCGUGAAUGGCAUGUGGAACGAGCACUUUGGCAUUGGCGUGGUUGAGUACCAGGCUGCGGGUCUCAUCUCUGUUGUUCACGACAGUGGAGGUCCCAAGCUUGAUAUUGUGGUCGAAGUCGAUGGCCAACCUACUGGUUUCCAUGCCACCAACGUCAAAGAAUUCGCAGAAGGCUACGAGAAGGCCCUUUCCAUCAAGGACACGCUUCCUAUCCGCCUCAGAGCACGACAGUCAGCCAAGCGAUUCACCGAGACGGAAUUUGACAAGAAGUGGAUCGCCCAGAUAGAAAAGCUCGUGGCUAUGACGCCCUAA